UCUCCGAGUCGCUGGUGGGCUGAGCUGGCGCCGCGCGUCGUCCUCCUCCGGGCCGCGGCUUCCCGCCCCCUCGCCCCUUCCCCUCGCGGUCUACCGGGCUCUGGGGGCGUCUCGGCUUAGACGAGCCUUCCCGCCCCUCUUGCCCCCCCAAGAGCUCCAGGCAGCCAGCUGUGUGCCUUCCAACCCCAGGCGCCCAGCUUUGCCUCCAAGCCCGCCUGGCACCCAUCCGUCGGGCGGCCCUCGGGGACUGGGCUCUGGCCAGGAGGUGAUAGCGCCGGGCAGCAGAGCUGGUCCCGAGUAUAAAUAGCUCGGUGUGCGGGCAGCCCGGGCCAGGGCCGCGGGCUAUAUUUGGUGGGGCCACCUCCCUGAACGGUGCACGUGCGUGCCAGGCCUGGACCCUGGGGAGGGAAGCCCUCGGAUCUUCCUUUCUCGCCCCUCCUUGUCCUCUUACUAUGUCCCUAAAUUCACCAUUACACACCCACGCUCCCUCCGGGGCCAAAAGCCAGCAGGCUGGAUACAGGUGGGACAAGAAGUGGACUAGCCUCCCAAUUCCCCAGCCUGAGUAAAAACUAGGAGGAGUUUUAGUUUUCUUAUCUGAAAAGUGGGUUGAUUACUAGCUGGAUGCUGGGCCCAUCAAGAGCAGGCACCUAGUGGAAGGAAAGCCCUUAGCUCUGGGCUCAGUGGGUGGGUCUGGGUUUGUGGACUGGUGUGUGUGUGGCACCUGGAGUCUGGGUUAGUGACAAAGGGGCAGCUGAGGGCCAUAUCCCAGAGGCACCGGGCUGCCUGUCUAGGCCACCCAAGCUGACAGAAUCACUCUGAUGACCAGAGUCAGGACCACUUGGUAGGCUGAGGGGACUUGUCCAAAGCUUAGAGCAGACGGGUGCUGGUGGGGAUGACGGGGGUGGGAGGAGCUGGCGGGUGUCCAGAGGUCCUCAGCUUCGUUUUACAGGCCCAAGAGCUGGCUGGUGUCUGGUGGAUGGGGAGAGGGAUGGGGACAAUCCCACAAGUGCCUGGGCUCUCGGGUGGGCAGGUGUGUGUGUCUUAAGUCGGUGAUGGGGGCAGGUUUGCUCCCAACAGAACACUAGAGGCACUGCACUUUCCUGCCCAGGGCUCUGGUGUGGUCAGAGCCUCCUGUGGCCAUUGGGAGGCCUCAUCCCAAGACAGACUCCCUGGGUGACCUUGGGUAGUGCCUGCUACCCAGAAGGCAUCUGGCCCUCAAUGCCCACAGCAUGGAUACCUAUUUUGGAGGGACAGGAGAGGGCUCUGUUGACCCCAAGCAGCCCUCUAAGAGUGUGUACGGAGGGGGCCUGUGGGUGGGACCCCACAGCAUGCCAUGUGCCGGGCUUAUGGGCUCCUGGGUUGUCCUGCGGUGACCUGACAGUGUGGGAAGGGAGGGGCCAGUGAGGAGCCAAGUGCCAGCUGCACCUAAGGCCCGGGGCGGGGCCUUCUGCAUGGUGGUGCUGAGCAAUUGGAGGCACCUCUGGAUCAGGCCCUGGGCCACCAGGCACUGGGCCCUGGCACAGGGGCGGGGCCUGCGGUCCCAGCCUCAGUCUCCAUCUGUGGGAAGGGUCCCACGAGGCAGUCCUACGCACCCAGGCUGCGCGCCCCUGGCCAGAGUUCGAGUCUUGGCCAGGAUGCGAAGCUCUUGAGUUUAGGAAUCAGCGGCCCCCAGCCGGGCGCACCCGUCCUGCCUGUGCGGAGCACAGAAGAAGCCGCCCCAGCCCUAGGGGGCGCGCACCGCAGGGGGACGCGCGGUCCCUGCGGUGUGCGGGGCCCCGGUGGACGCUCAGCGCUGUACUGCUGCUGGGCCGACCCCAGUGGCACCCGCGCUGGCUAGUACGGUAGCGGAGGAAGGGCGCCUACUCCAGGCAAUACGGCGGCGGCUCCUCCCUUGGCGCGGUCACGUCCCCCACGUCCCGCGGCCGGCCGCACGGGCGGAGCAUCCUCCCCUUCCCCCUCCCGGCCCAGCUCCGGUGGGACCCGCCCAGAGUGGCCGACCCCCACCCGCCAGCCGGGCGGGCGGCAGGAGCCAGCAGGCCCGUCCAUCGGAGGAGGGCCCUCGCCUCGUCUCACCUCUUCCCACCUGUCUCGCUCCACGCCUGAUCCUGGGUGGGCGGGCACCUCCGGAGCGCUGGCCUUCAGGCGGAAGGCUGCACGGGAGUGGAGGAAUGGGUCCAGAUGGCCAGGGGAAGGGGCAGCCCAUGCAGGGUCCCGCAGGCUUUGGUGUUGGGGGAGGGCAGCUCUGCGCUCACCCCAACCUCCACAGCAGCCUCAGCCACUGACCGCAGCCUUGCUGAGAAGCUAGACCAGAUCACCAGGGCUGUCCACUGUGUGGCAGCCAAGGGUAGAAGCCUCCUUGUAGGAGGUGGGACUUGAGGGCGCCAUCCCUGGGGCCACACUUCUGGGGGUCCUAGCCGAGAUCUGUACUCAGCCAGUUGCUAGCCUUGGGUGGCAGUAUCCAGCCUGGCAAAUGAGGCCAGUGUUUCCACCCCACUGGCCCCGCGAAGAGGAUGUGAGUGGACAAGUGGGAGCCUGCAGGGGUAGGAGGCAGGCAGCGGACCCAGGGCGGAGGGCCCAGGCCAGCCCCCCCACCCCACCCCGACCAGCCUUCUGACCUCUCCCUGGAAGCAGCCCCUGCCCCUGUGUGUCUCUGUACUGGUGGGGACAGGGCUGAGGGUGCUGGCUUCCUCCGGCAGGGAGGGGCACAAUGCUGGUUACCUGAUUAUUUAUUUAUUUAUUCUUAGUUUUCGGUGGACACCACAUCUUUAUUUUUAUGUGGUGCUGAGGAUCGAACCCAGCGCCCCGCGCAUGCCAGGCGAGCGCUACCGCUUGAGCCACAUCCCCAGCCCUGGUUACCUGUUUUCACAACAGUGUCAAUGAGGGAAGGAAGAAUGGGAACCCGGAAGCAGGCCCUCCCUCUCCCUGAUUCAGCACCUCCAACCCUCAAAGGCCAGGUCCUAGCACAAAGGGACUGCUUCCUUGGUUCUCAGGGGUCUGGAAUUUGAUUGAAGGAAUAUAAUUGUCCCUGUGCCUGCCACCUGCCUGGGCUACAAAGGCAGGGAGGUUGCAGGGACCUGGCCUGCACUCCUGGGGCUGACAGUCCAGCCUAAGGAUUCAGGCUGCUGAAGGGUGAGGUUUCUGGGGAGGCGAAGAAAGCGCAGGCUGGGGCACAGGGUUGUAUGUGGGAGGCAUGCAGUACAGGCAGAGGGGAGAGUACAGGGGCCCCACAGCCCUGACUUGGGAGGGUACCCUGGAGUCUCCCCGAGGGCCAAGGUUCUCCAUGUACCCCUGCCAUGAACUGUCCCCUGUCAGCUCCUGGCGGUCUGGGGUAUGGGGCCUUGGAAGGACCUCCAGGGAUCAGCCCUGGGGAGUACCUGGAGCUCCUGCUAACCCAGAUGCAACCCAGGGAGAUCAGCUUUCUGUAACCCAGAGGCCAGUUUAUUUCUGGGCUGGUUCACAUGCUUCCCUGGGAGGGUAAAUGUCACCAAAAGGCCAGGCGGCUGGACGUGCCCAUGGAUAUGCUGUGGGAGAGGGACCAUGGUGGGUGCUGCUUCCUCCUCUGGGUGGAGACAGAUGGAUAAUUAGCCUGCACACACCUCAGCCUAUCUAUGCUCAGGGUCCCUGGGAGGUGGAGCCACGGACUUGCUCCUCCCGAGCAGCCAGGUGUAAGAGGUCCCAGACCCUCACUCCACCUACCCUGCCCCAAGCCUGGCUGGCAGACAGCCAGCUUAAAGUCAACCUCUGGUCUGAAAAACCACAACCUUGCUGAGGCCUCACUCUGCAGCGUCUCUGGGUGACAGGCUGGAGUAGGCACUGACUGGUGAGGCCAUUUCAGGGUGCCUGAGCUGGGUGGCAAUGGACCACAGUGCUGGGCCUUGGUUGGGAGCUUGUGCCCCAGGCGCCACAAUCUCCGUGGCACAGACGGUCUUCCACGUGUGACCCUCCUUGAAGGGCCUAGAACAUGCUGUGCUCUCCUGGCCUGAGUCCUGGCACCAGCCCACCCUCUGCCUGCCUUCCCAAGCCACAGCCCAGGGGUGCUCUUCUCCAGCAGGUGGCAGAUGUCUCUGCUUCCCAGCAGUCCCUACUGCCUCCUGAGGACCCUGGAUGCCUCCAAGAGGGCCCAGCCCCGGUGGGCAGUGGACAAGCAAGGGGGACUUCAAAAGGCUGGGGUGCCUGUGAUUCCCCUAGCAGGACUGGGCAGGGCUGGUACAGCCCCAGCUGCCUCACUCUCUUUCUGGGGAGGACCCUGGGCAUGUGGGGUCGGGCUGCUCCUGUGGCCAUUACUGAGCACUCCCCUCCUGGACUUUGCAAGGCCCUCGAUUCAUUCAUUUAAUUUUUGCAGUACUCACGUGUGCUAGGCCAGGACUCUGCACUGCGUCCCAGCCUGCCUGACUCGUUUCAGAAAGUGCUAUAAGCAUCCAAGGCCACACUCCAAGCAAGUGGGGGCUGGCAGGGACAAUCGCCCCUCCCACAUUGGCUCCUUCGCAGUACCUGCCGCAGGGGCGGUCACACCAUGGACAAUGGCUAACCUGACACACCAGGGCUGCACUUUCUUCCCCAGAGAGCUGGCUGGCUGCACACCACUGGUGGGAGACGCUGCGCAGGCUAGGCUGAAGGCCUCGGGUUCCAGACACCCAGGGACACAGACCCUGUCAUAACUCUCUCCCUGGUGCGGCAGAAGCAGCCCUUCUGGCCAUGGGAGGAGCUGUGGUGGACGAGGGUCCCACGGGCGUCAAGGCCCCUGAUGGGGGCUGGGGCUGGGCCGUGCUCUUCGGCUGCUUUGUCAUCACGGGCUUCUCCUACGCCUUCCCCAAGGCGGUGAGCGUCUUCUUCAAGGAGCUCAUGCGGGAGUUCGGGAUUGGCUACAGCGACACAGCCUGGAUCUCCUCCAUCCUGCUGGCCAUGCUGUACGGCACAGGCCCCCUCUGCAGCGUGUGUGUGAACCGCUUUGGCUGCAGGCCUGUCAUGCUUGUGGGUGGCCUCUUCGCGUCCCUGGGCAUGGUGGCUGCCUCCUUCUGUACGAGCAUCAUCCAAGUCUACCUCACCACAGGGGUCAUAACUGGCUUGGGCCUGGCUCUCAACUUCCAACCCUCCCUCAUCAUGCUCAACCGCUACUUCAACAAGCGGCGCCCCAUGGCCAACGGGCUGGCGGCCGCGGGCAGCCCAGUGUUCCUGUGUGCGCUGUCGCCGCUGGGGCAGCUGCUGCAGGACCGGUACGGCUGGCGGGGUGGCUUCCUCAUCCUGGGCGGCCUGCUGCUCAACUGCUGCGUGUGCGCUGCGCUCAUGAGGCCCCUGGUGGCACCCCAGCCGGGCGGGGCACCAGGCCCCCAGCGGCCUGCCCGGCGCCUGCUGGACCUGAGCGUCUUCCGGGACCGUGGCUUCGUCAUCUACGCUGCCGCCGCCUCCAUCAUGGUGCUGGGGCUCUUUGUACCACCUGUGUUUGUGGUGAGCUACGCCAAGGACCUGGGUGUGCCCGACACGCAGGCUGCCUUCCUGCUCACCAUCCUGGGCUUCAUCGACAUCUUCGCCAGGCCCACAGCUGGAUUCAUCACCGGGCUCAAGAAGGUGCGGCCCUACUCGGUCUACCUCUUCAGCUUCGCCAUGUUCUUCAACGGCUUCACCGACCUGACGGGCUCCACAGCCAGCGACUACGGUGGCCUGGUGGUCUUCUGCAUAUUCUUCGGCAUCUCCUACGGCAUGGUGGGGGCCCUGCAGUUUGAGGUGCUCAUGGCCAUUGUGGGCACCCAUAAGUUCUCCAGUGCCAUUGGCCUUGUGCUGCUGCUGGAGGCUGUGGCUGUGCUCAUCGGACCCCCGUCGGGCGGCAAGCUGCUGGACACGACCCACGUCUACAAGUACGUGUUCAUCCUGGCGGGGACUGAGGUGCUCACCUCCUCCCUCGUGCUGCUGCUGGGCAACUUCUUCUGCAUCAGGAAGAGGCCCGAGGCGUCACAACCUGAGGAGGCUACCUCGGAGGCAGAGAGGCUCCACAAGCCCCCCACAGAUGUGAGGGUGGACUCCCGGGAGGUGGAACACUUCCUGAAGGCAGAGCCUGAGAAAAACGGGGAGGUGGUCCACACCCCGGAGACCAGCGUGUGAGUGGCCUGGCGGGGCUGGCAGGGUGCAGGGAAGAGCUACAGAGACUGGCAACGCUUGUAUUUAUUUCACAAACAGGACCAGCUUAGGCAGGGCCACUGGCUCAGCGCUGGAUGCUGGACAUCGGGUCAUCACCUGACCUGUGUUUUGCGGGGAAGGUGGCGGGGUGGGAACGUGUCAUUCCACAGCGGAUCUGCGGUGAAGCCAAGCCCAUGGUUACAAGCCGCCUGCUCACCCCAAACAGCCCAUGCCCCCCCCACGUGGUCAAGGACCUAGAAGCCCAGGCUUUGAGACAACAUGACUUUAAUAGGAGGGCGGGCUGGCGAGCGGACACCUCCCCGAGGCCUUCCCUGGUGCCUGUCUGACCCUCCGCCCUGCCCUCGCCUCCUACGGUGCCCACCCCUCUCUGUCUAGGGUACAAAGAGCUCAUUCCACCCGUGAAGGUGCGAAAUAAACCGGCGUGUGGCAGGA